CCCUCAAGGGAAAGGUCAUCAACUUCAGAUACCAGACCCCCCGCCAGAAGAUCCGGCCCCUGGCCAAGGAGGUGCAGUUCACCUACAUCCCAGGUAAUGGAGAGUGACCCUGUCCCUCUGCCCCACCCCCAUCCCCACCCCACUCCCUCAACUGACCACUCAUUGUCCAGGCAGAAUGGCCGGAGGGGCACCUGGACAUACAACUGGUGUGGACAGGGUAGGUGCAGCUCACCUACAUCCCAGGUAAUGGAGAGUGACCCUGUCCCUUUGCCCCACCCCCACCCCCAUCCCCACCCCCUCAACUGACCACUCAUUGUCCUGGCUGGAGGGGCACCUGGACAUACAACUGGUGUGGACAGGGUAGGUGCAGCUCACCUACAUCCCAGGUAAUGGAGUGUGACCACCUCCUCUGACCCUGCACCUUGGUCAGCUCAGAAUUCCUUCUGAACUGACCACUGAUUGUCCAGGGAAACUGGCCGGAGGGGCUUGCAAGUGGACAAUGUAGGUGCAGCGAAGUGGUUCACCCACAUGGGGGAAGAGGCUAGGAUCAGAGGACGUCAUCUCGGAUGGACGCAGAAAUCGUAUCUAUUGAUGCUUUCAACAAAUCUGCACCGAAACGAGGUCUGGUUGUGGGAAUAACCUUUAUCAAGGACUCUGGCGAUAAGGCAAGCCCGUUCCUCAACAUCUAUUGCGACUACGAGCCGGGAUCUGAGUACAAUUUGGACUCCAUCGCCCAAAGUUGCCUUAACCUGGAACUCCAGUUCACCCCCUUCCAGUUGUGCCAUGUGGAGAUCCAGGAACGGCAGCAGCGAGAGACCGUGUUCCUGCUCAGUGGCCACGACCACCAGAUCCACCUGUACAAAGAGAACGAAACGCUGCAUCAGUUUGAAGAAAGGCCGACGGGAUUAAUAUUCCCCGAGUUAACAGGCCUACCCAGCCAUGUCCUCUGGCUAGAUGUGGUCAAUAUUCCGGAUUCGACCAGACGGUUGACAGCGUUUGGUUGUCAGAAUGGGUUUGUGGGGAUUUCUCACGUGGAUCAGGAAUCGAAAGUUGUUCUGCAGAGUUGGGAUGUACAACAGGAUGGGCCGAUUUCCACUGUCCUGCUCUUCGGGUUACCCACUGAGAACAGUGAGGGCUAUUCAACCGGGCAAGGAGCACCGAGUGUCGAUUCUGAUGCAGCCAAAGCUGAUGCCUCUUUGGAGAACUAUAACCUGCUUGUGACCUCCGCCAUCGAGCUCUCUGUAGUUUACAGGGAUGUGCUGAAGAAUGGCCUCAGUGAUCAGGCCAUCCUGCCAGAGAGUGACCAGUUCGACAGCGUCCUGUGUGCGCUGGUUACCGAUGUCGACUUUGACGGGGUGAAGGAGAUCCUCCUUGGCACCUAUGGCCAGGAGUUACUCUGCUACAAAUCCUGCACCAUGGGGGCCCCUGAUCCCGAGGCUGUGGAGUCAGGACUCGCCCCCCGGCUCCGAGGUGAAUUCCGGCUCCUGUGGAAAAGAAGUUUCCAGAGCCCCCUGCUCUCCUUGGCCUACGUCGACCUAACGUGUGACGGUCUCUCUGAACUCGCCGUCGGUUCUCUGAAGGGGCUGCACAUUUUGCAGCACAGUCUCACCCAGACAGCCAGCCUGGUCUUAGAGAGGCUUCGCUCCCAAGCGUCGGCUUUGGGGAAGAAUUUGCCUCCAGGCCCGGGCAGUGCGGAGCUUGCCAAGGCCGGGAUGGACACACAGGUAGCGUCCGAGCCGGAGGAAACCGCGGGGUGUCAUCACCAAGAAACCGUGGAAAGGAGCAGCUGACGAGGUGAGCUUUUGCUCGCAUAACCCCCCCCUCUCCCCCAACCCCGCUUCAAAUGGUGACCCAUGUUUCACCCCCACUCCACACAAAAGCAGCGGGGAUUCAUUUCUCACAUCAGCGGUUUGCACAGCCUCUGGGUCCGGAGGAGCUGAAGCCUCUGACCUGAAGGUACCCGUGGAAUAGUGCAGUCUGGAAGUCGCUGAGCGAAAGACGGUUUCGAAUCCUUCCAUCUUGUACUUCAGAGUUGUUUGAGCUCGAAAGCUUGUGGACCAGAGGCCCGUGUUUCAGUGGUGCUCCAGGAUAGUCUCUCGACAUUCAAAUGUGCCCCUGUUCAUUCAUCGCCUUUCCAAAUGAAGUCGCUGCGUGGACGGUUCCCCCCCCACCCCCAAGCUUUGGCGGGCGGGGGUCUAUUGUCAUUGCACCUUCCUAAGUUCUCUCUAGAGACUUGCACCAAAAAAAACAAGAGACCCCUUUCCAAGCGUUGUAACAGCAGGAGGAGCGCUGCACAGCCAGAGGAGCCAACGUUCGCAUGAUACAACAACUCAAUUCGCCUUUCAGUCAGAUGGAAACCUGCGACACCUGACCUUUGAAAGAGGCGGACUGGAGAGAUCCCCCCCCAGCAUGCCAGGUGUAUAUUUAAUCUCAGUCAGCAUCGGAUUCUUACAUCACCUUGCUGCUAGAGACAGCUAGCUCUUUGCCAAACAGCUGCUCCAUUUCCAACCUUACAGCGAUGGCCAAUUAUUUUUAAGGGAAAUGUUUAAUUGACUGCAAAGCGUUUUAGGAUGCUACUGAAAUGCAAGUCAUUCCUUCGCCCAUGUAAUGUUUCAGAAAUAAUAUUCACUGUGCUGCAAGCGUUAGUUUAAUUUAAAAAUAAUUAGAACUGUGGCACGUCUGGGUGGAUUGCAAUAAAAUAAAAAUGGUUUGGAAUGUUCCACAAA